GAAUAUAUAAUACAGGUGAAAGUUGGUGUGUAUAUUUUUAGCGCUUCGUUCCCGCACUUUCUCCCCAAAUUUUCUCAGCUACCAAACAAGGUUCCUACUUGUUUUUUUAACUCUUCUUGGUGCGAGUCGCAAAUGAGUGAAAUCGACGACUCAGUCACUGGAAAUGAGAGCCAAAGAGAGGCCACCGACGCCGAGCCAAACCCAAAGCACAAACGCGACAGCGAUUCCGAGACCUCGACUUCGGUUGAGAAGAAGCUCAAGACCGACGACGAUAGGAAACCAGAAGAAGUGGGUUUUGGUGGAAUUGGUCCCCAGAAGGAUAAACCGGUUUUGAAGGAAAUGGGUUUUGAAAUUGAAGCCGAUGCGGCCGAGGAUAAGGGGUCCAGACACACCAUGGAGGACGCUUGGGUUGUGCUCUUGGACGCCGGCUUAGAUACUCCUGGCAAAUUGAGGUGUGCGCAUUUUGCAAUUUAUGAUGGACAUGGAGGUCGGUUAGCUGCUGAUUAUGCUCAGAAACACUUGCACGCGAAUGUUCUAUCAGCUGGGUUACCACGUGAGUUGUUGGAUAAAAAAGUUGCCAAAAGAGCCAUACUUGAUGGUUUCCGAAAAACUGAUGAGUCCCUUCUUCAAGAAAGUGUAGCAGGAGGAUGGCAGGAUGGUGCUACUGCUGUAUGUGUUUGGAUAUCAGGGAAAACGGUUUUUGUUGCUAAUGUUGGAGAUGCAAAAGCAGUGGUAGGGCGAUCAUCUACAUCUGAUGUAGUGCAGAAAGAUUCUGAUGGUGUAGGUCCCCUGAAGGCCAUUGUGUUAACAAGAGAACACAAAGCCAUCUAUCCUCAGGAGCGGGCACGAAUUCAGAAGGCUGGUGGUACUGUGAGCUCAAACGGACGAUUGCAGGGGCGUCUUGAGGUCUCUAGAGCCUUUGGGGAUCGCCAGUUUAAAAAGGUUGGUGUUACUGCAACCCCUGAUAUCCAUUCUUUUGACCUUACGGAGAGAGAGCACUUCAUUAUUCUCGGUUGCGAUGGCCUCUGGGGGGUUUUUGGACCUAGUGAUGCUGUUGAUUUUGUUCAGAAAUUAUUGAAGGAAGGAUUACCUGUUUCAACAGUGAGCCGCCGUCUCGUAAAGGAAGCUGUGCGUGAGCGUCACUGUAAAGAUAACUGUACUGCUAUUCUCAUCGUUUUCCGGUACAAGUGAUUUCCAGGCUUCAACUUUCUGCCACUUGUGAAACACAAUGAGGGUUUCAAACCUCCUAAGUCCAAAAGAAUUCUUAAGGUAUUUGGGUAACAUAGUAAUUUUUUUGGUCUGUCAAAAUGUUUUGGUUUGUUUAUUCACAUGCAAGACAAGGCAGAAUUAGACUCCGAACAUAGCUAUAGUAACUUAUGAGGUUUAGGCCUGACUGUUGAGAUGGUAACAGGUAUAGUGAUUUUGUAUGACCCUUAAAGAUUUGGUUUUUCAUCCUGUUUGUAUGGUCCAUGACACUACAUCCACAAGUCAGGAAAUUUGUUUCUUUAACCAGGUAUCCUGGACAUCAAUAUCCCUAUCAGAUAAUUGUGUUUGGAUU